AUGGACGGCGAUGAAUCGCCAACUUCUUCCGGAGUGAAAAGGAAGGGGGACGAUAGUAAUUCUAAUGCCCAAAGUAAAGUAAAAAUUAACACAAUAAGUCAAGAAAAUGACGUUAUAUCUACAUUCGUUGUUGUACGGGGUACCCAGCGUAAGAUGAGAACGUACAAUCCUAUAGUUAUACAUAGAAAUUUGGUGCAGAAGUUUGGAACACUAAAAUCGGUACGUGUGCUUGGUUCUGGGGAUUUGAAAAUUGAAUGUUCAAACGAAAAACAAGUUAAACUAUUGUUGGAAUGUGAUGAUAUCGGCGAUAGCACAACCAACAUUCCAGUGAAGACCGAAUUGUUUGUAAACAAUGAUCAAAAUACUAGAGUAGUAAUUAGCGAUGUGCCAAUUGACAUGGCCGAUAAUGAAUUGUUGGACGCAUUAUCUGGACAACGUGUUGUCUUUGUAAAAAGGCUUAAUAGAAAAAUCGAAGGCAAGUUUGUGCAGAGUAAAUCAGUUCUGAUUUGUUUUAACACAUGCAUUGUACCAUCAAUCGUGACUAUCGGCUAUAUGCGAUUCAGGACCAGAGUGUAUAACCCUCCACCGAUUCGUUGUUUUAAUUGCAAUAGAUUUGGCCAUGUAGCUAAAAAUUGUCGAUGUAAAGUUCGCUGUGCCAAGUGCGGUAGAAACCACGAAUAUAAUAAAUGUGAUUCCGAAACUCCAAGAUGUUGUAAUUGUGGACAAGAACACAGCGCCGCAUAUGGUGGCUGCGAAGUAUAUAAACGGGAACGGUUGAUUCAAAAAACAAUGGCGAGUACUAAACUACCGUAUGAGGAGGCAAAGAACCACAUUAAGCAAACUAUUUCAGAAACUGCGCAAUUUUCGGCAAAUGAUUUUCCGGCUCUUCCCAGUAAAGUUCCUUUUCAAGGAAGUACACCUGUCCUUAUGAUUAGAAAGUCGAAAGAUAUAUUGUCAUUGUCAUCAGACAAGUCAUCUCAACAAGCGCCUAUUAUAGGCCAAUAUAGUCGCCCCAAUUCGAAAGAGGUAAAUGAAGAUAAGAAUGCACCUAUAUCUCUGGACCCAAUACAUUUUUUCGCAUUUAUCGCAGAAGUCAUAAAAAAUACGCUAGAGGUUUCUCAAAGUGGAAAAGAAUGUGAUGUUUACGCUAUUGUUUCGAUGUCCGCUGGCGCUCAAUUUGGAUUCGAUGUCGACGCUGGCAACCUUAAAAAUGCAAUAAAACAACAUUCAACCAAAAAGUAA